AUGUCUGGAGGCUGGAAUACCAUAGAGUCCGAUGCCGGCGUAUUCACAUAUCUAAUCGAGAAGCUCGGCGUUAAGGAUGUACAAUUCGAAGAGCUCACAACGCUCGAGGCCUCAGAGCUUGAACAGCUAGGCACGGUCUAUGGCGUGAUCUUCCUCUUCAAGUACCCCACCGGCGAAGCACGCGGCGAGACACCGAAAGAUGGCACUUAUGACCAUGAGGCGGCAAAUAACAUCUUCUUCGCGGCGCAAACCAUACAGAACGCUUGCGGUACCCAGGCAAUUGUGUCGCUUCUGCUGAACAGGGAGAAGGAAGUCAACAUUGGCAAAGAACUGAAAGAGUUCAAGGAGUUCGCCGGAGAGUUCCCGCCAGAGCUACGAGGAGAGACGCUCUCAAACUCGGAUCUCAUUCGGGAAACACACAACUCCUUCGCGCGAUCAUCUCCCUUCAUCGACGAGACACAACGAACCGCGACCGAAGAUGACGACGUGUACCACUUUAUCGCUUAUACGUCAAUAAACAACACCCUCUACGAACUCGACGGCCUCCAGCCCGCCCCCAUCUCCCACGGCGCAUGCAAACCCACCGAGUUCCCCACUAAGAUUAUCCCCGUCCUCCAACGCCGCAUCGCCCGCUACCCCGCCACCGAAAUCCGCUUCAACCUCAUGGCUUGUGUACGCGACCUGCGCAUCCGUGCCCGCGAGAUUGGCGACGAGGAAGAGCUUGAGCAGCAAGAAGACAGGCGCGCGCAAUGGUUGUGGGAGAACUCGCUGCGAAGACACAACUUCGUUGGCUUUAUCAGCGAGCUGUUGAAGGGCGUUGUGGCUGCGAAGCUGAAGGAGGGUAAUGGUGCGUAUGACAAGUGGGUUGAGGAGGCGAAGGGGAGGAGUCGGAAGAGGAGGGAGGACGCGAGGAAGCAAGGGAUAGCUAGUGAAGACUGAGGUGGUCGUGUGGUAAGGGACGACAGGUGGAGGUGAUCAUGAUAACGGCAGGAUAUGAAUAUUAUACAAUGACCCCAUGCGA